AUGGGUGAACAGAUUGCCGACCUCAAGCUUCCAGCGGACGUCCCAGAGUCCAGAGUGACGCCGGCAAACGUCUCACACUCAGCUUUGUUCUCGCUGAGCAAUAAGACAAUCGCCAUCACCGGUGGCGGUCGCGGCGUGGGGAUUACACUUGCUGCAGCUGUUCUUGAGGCCGGCGGUAAUGUCGCUUGCCUAGACAUCCUCGAAGCCCCGGCCGCGGAAGAGUGGGCCGCGAUCGAGAAGACAGCCAAAGAAUCUGGGCUCAAGCUCUCCUACCGUCGGGUCGACAUCACGGACGAGGAGAACCUCUCGCAGAUCCUCAGUGAGAUAGAGAAGGAGGGCGAGGAAUCGGGUGCUCCAUUUUAUGGCACGAUUGCGUGUGCCGGUAUCCAACAAAAAACCCCGGCUGUCGACUAUCCCAAGGCCGAUUUUGAGCGCAUGCUCAACGUCAAUGUCACCGGCACCUUCCUCACUGCGAAACACACGGCGAGGAUAUUGAUCAAGAACGGCAUAAAGGGCAGCAUUGUAAUGAUUGCCUCCAUGUCUGGUGACAUUGCAAACCGCGGAUUGACAUGUUCUGCCUACAACAGCAGCAAAGCAGCAGUACAGCAAUUGUGCCGGUCAGUGGCGCAAGAAUGGGGCCAAUAUGGCAUCAGGGUGAACACUUUGUCGCCAGGGUACAUAAGAACUGCCAUGACAGACGCGCUUUUAGCCACGAACCCAGACUUGGAGAAGAUCUGGAUGGCCGGUGCGCUGCUCGGAAGGCUUGGAGCUCCUGAAGACUUCAAGGCCCCUGCUGUGUUUCUCUUGUCGCCGGGAAGUUCGUUUAUGACUGGAGCUGACCUCAGAGUAGAUGGAGGUCACUGUGCCUCAGCAUAG